AUGUAUUCCAUUCUUACCUCCGUCUGUGCUUUCUCCUCUCUACUUCCUCUGGCCAUUGCCCAAACCUCUGGAACGUUCAAUACUCUUACCUUCAAUGUCGCUGGUUUACCCGCUCUCUUGAACGGCAACGACGUUCCUGGAGACAAGGAGACCAACACCGCUCGCAUUGGGCAGCUGUUUUCCAAAUACGACAUCUCCGUUAUCAACGUUCAAGAGGACUUCAACUACCAUGCUACCCUCUAUGCGAACGACGACCACCCGUACAGGACGGCUACUAGCGGGGGAGUACCCUUUGGCAGCGGCCUGAACACUCUGAGCAACUAUCCUUUUACAGGCUUCCAGAGAGUCAAGUGGAACACAUGCAGUACUUUUGAUAGUGCGGAUUGUCUCACACCAAAGGGCUUCACGUUCAUGCGUGUUAAGCUCACUGAAGGCGCAGUAGUGGACAUGUACAACCUACACGCCGACGCCGGCACCACAGCCGCAGACAACAAGGCUCGUGCAGCCAACCUCCGCCAGGUUUCCGACUACAUCAAGACCAAUUCAAUCGGCAACGCCGUGGUCGUCUUCGGCGACUCAAACUCGCGGUACACGCGCACCGACGAUAUCCCCGACGUCUUCAAGACCGAGAAUGGUAUGACAGACGUUUGGCUGCAACUCGUCCGUAAUGGCGUCGCACCCGCAAAGGGCGCCGAUGCUCUUAUCUGCUCGAACCCUUCUACUACCAACACGUGCGAAAUCGUCGACAAAACCUGGUACCGUGGAUCUUCUGCUCUGACGCUCACGGCGAAGAAGUUCGACUACGCAGGCCACAUGUUCCUGCAGGAGAACGGCGAUCUACUGAGUGACCAUAACGGUGUGCUCGUGGACUUCUCUUGGAGCCUGGUCGACCGCAUCAGCGUCUCCGAUGUCUUUGGCGGCGAGGAAGGUACGUGGUACAAUGACUUGAUCACUGUUGCUGGUCUCGCCAGCCCAAAAGUUUCUUCCAUUACGCUCCGCGGUUCGGAGCGCGUUGAUGCGGUUUCCGUGACUCUUGCUUCAGGACAGACGCUUUCGCAUGGUGGGACUGGUGGCACGGCGACUACCUUGAAUUUGGCUAAUGGAGAGACGCUUACUUCUGCGCAGCUGUGUCAAGGUCAGAAGAACGGUAAGACCAGGAUCUUCUUUGCGCAACUUACUACUAGCGCUGGGAAGACAGUGCAGACUGGUGUCAAGACGGACGACUGUGUAACGAGGACUGCUGGAACCGAUCGCAGUAUUGUUGGCUUCCUUGGUCGUUCGGGUGAUGAGGUCGAUCAGUUGGGAUUCAUCUACUCGAAAGUUUAA